GAAGCAAAAAUCUGCGGAUGGCAUCGAGGAGUUGAGCUGCAGGGAAACGAUGAGAAAUUUCAUCGUCCGAGUCUGCUUAGGAUGGUUGGCAGCAGCGAUUCUGGUGAAUGGUCAGCCAGGAUUCGUGAGCAUCGACUGUGGCGCCACUCGUAGCUAUACCGACUCCGAAACUGGAAUACUGUACCGAGUCGAUGAAGGAUACAUCGACACGGAUAGAAACGUCAGAAUCGCUGAAAGGUACAUCGAGGAUCCUACAAAGGUGCGUCCGUGGUUCACCGUUCGAAGCUUUCCCGACGGAACUCGCAAUUGCUACGCCGUGCCCGGGUUGAAGGAAGGGGACAGGUAUCUCGUGAGGGCCUCCAUCGUUCAUGGCAACUACGACGGCCAAGCCUCUAGCGACUCCGUCGCCCCACCACUGCUAUUCGAUCUCUAUGUCGGUGUCAACCUCUGGCGAAGCAUCAACAUCACCAAGGCGUUCGCACUUUACCGGGCCGAGAUUAUUACUGCCGCCCCGUCCGACUCCCUGUCGAUAUGCCUGGCCAACAUUGGUUCGGGAACGCCGUUCAUAUCUUUGCUGGAGUUGAGGCAUAUCGACAACCACCUGGCGUACCAGCACGCGAAUCAAUCCGCUGCACUACUCUUCUACAGUCGCUACAACUUGGGAUCCCUCACCAACGACACCGUCAGGUAUCCAGAAGAUAAAUAUGAUAGGACAUGGGAUCCUUGCAACAGUUAUAUUAUUGGUUGUGAAACAUGGAAAUUUACAAGCAGUACUUUGGGAAUCAAGACCACUCGUGGUGAUGCUUAUGAGGUCCCAGGCGUGGUCAUGGGGACUGCAACUGUUGCUGCAGAUAAUUUUACAUUGCAAUAUUCCUUGGGCUAUGGCCUCAAUUCGAGUGUUCAAACAACAUUCUAUAUCUAUUUGCACUUUGCUGAUUUCGACUAUUUAAGUGGGAAUGGAAGUAGAAUUUUUCAGGUGCGAGCAGAUGGGGAACCCGAUAGUGAUAACAUCAGUCCUGCAUAUCUACUGGCAACUCAUGUCCAUUUCGUCCAUCGGCUAGCGUACCCAGGUUUAUAUGGUUAUUUUAAUCUGACAAGGGUGGCCGGUUCCACCCUUCCCCCCAUCCUCAAUGCUGCUGAGGUUUACAUUCCUAUUAAUCUUUCGGUUUUGGCAACAGAUGUAGCCGAUGUUGAUGCUAUGAUGGGGAUAAAGAAAUUAUAUCAGGUGAAGAUAUGGUAGGGUGAUCCUUGUGCUCCACAGCAAUUCAUUUGGAGUGGAGUAAAUUGCACCUACUCAAGCUCUGGUACCCCAAGAGUCACCUCAUUAAACCUCUCUUAUCAUGGGUUGAAUGGUGCUGUACCAAAUGCUUUGGCUAAUCUGAAGGCCCUUAACUAUUUGUAAGUUUCUAAAUUUAUCGUCAGAGGCUGCUGGCUAGCAACAUCAUGCAGACAACUUGAGAACAAUUUGUAGAUGUUGCAUGAAAUUGACUUGUUACCCUUUUACCUGUGUAUUUUAUUCAUUUCUAAUCUCCUUUUUCUAACUCCAUAACCAAAAGGCUUUUGUUUUUUCAUGUUAGUUGCCAAAAUCAGGAAUGCAGAUGGACCAGUUUACAACCCAAAGCAUUAGCUUGGGGUUUUCUUUAACCACAUCCUAUAACAUCCAAACUGAACUAAUAUGGCUUUACUCAUGCAAUCUGGUUUCAAAGGACCAAAGUUAUAGAGAUCAACAUGUAGCUACUUUUUUUUUUAAUGAAAUUUCUUAUGAAAACAUAUCAAUAACUAAUGUAAUCCAUGUAUUUUGUCUCAGGGACUUGUCAAACAAUGAUUUAAGAGGCCCAAUACCGCCCUCUUUAGAAGAAUUGACAUCACUCACUGUGCUGUAAGAAGAGAUUUUUCUCUCUUACACAAUUCACUUGGUGCAUGCUUUUUCAAUAUCGUAAACUUCGACUUUGUCAUGCGCAUGCUUCAGGCCUUCUUUCUCCACAUAUUAUAUGCUAAUGGAUGAGCAAUAUCAAACUUUUUGCAGAAUUUUGUCAAAUAACCGACUCAAUAGGCCUAUUCCAGCUUCUUUCUGUGAUGGACAAUCAAAAGGAUUGCUUGAGUUGAGGUUUGUGCUGUAGUCUAACAUCCCAAAUCUUCCCACAAUUCCUUCUACCUAAUACUAAUAUCUUAUGAACUUUAUGUUCUGCAAAGAGUGGACAACAAUCCGGAUAUAUGUCUCUGUCAUAGUACAUGUCAAAUUGGCAGCGAAGGAAGGAAGCUUGCUACAGUCACCAUUGUGCUGAUCUCUGUCGUCCCAGCGCUGAUUAUACUGCUGCUCCUAUCAUUGCUUUUAUUCUUCUUGAGGAGAAAAAAAUCUACAACAAAAUUAUCACCGCCAAUUCAAGACACGCUUGCUAUACCCGAAACCCGUAGAUUUACAUAUGAUGAAUCGAAGGCCAUCACCAACAAUUUUGAUCUUGUACUUGAAAAGGGGGGGUUUGGGAAUGUUUACCAUGGUCGAUUGCAUGAUGGCACUGAAGCUGCAGUAAAACUUUUGCACUCAC